AUGGCCGACGAAUAUCACAGAGACGCGGAGAGCAUGGAUACACGGGAGGCAGGCGAAGUUGAGCGAAGGGAGUCCCCGGCGCGUGAUGAUCGUGGGCGCGACCGCGGUUCUCGCGAGCGUUCUCGCUCUCGCGACCGUGACCGUGACCGUGACCGUGACCGUGACCGUGACCGCGACCUCAACUUGAGGUCUGCCAAGCUGUCGCGUGAGGAGUUGGAGGAGCUCGAACGCACGGGAUACAAGCUGUUUGUCGGCAACCUCAACUACGAUACCAAAGUGUCAGAUAUGGAGGAGGCGUUUGGCAAGUUUGGGAAGGUGAAGGACGUGUUCCUUCCCAUGCACCGCGUCACAGGCACCUGCCGUGGGUUUGGCUUUGUCACGUUUGCAGACCGCACCGAGGCCGAGGAUGCCGAGAAGGGCAUGAAUGGCACGACGUUCCUCGGGCGCGAAGUCGCCGUCAACUUUGCCCGCCCUCGCCCCGCCGGCUCCAUCGGCAGACGCGGCCCCCCGCCCCCGCGCUACGGGCGUCCUCCCUAUGGCGGGCCGCCACCACCUCCGCGCCGCUACGAGUACGGCGGCUACUACCCGCGACCGUACGACCGCUACGACGACCGCCGCUACCCGCCCUCGGGGCCGCCGCCGCCACCCCCGCCAAGCUCCUACUACGCAGGGUACGACCGCUACGACAGGCGCGAGCGGUACCCGGCAUAUGACAGGCGUGCUGCGCCGGCGCCCCCGCCCCCGCCGUCGGGCACAGACCCGCGCGGGUACGACAGCCGCAGUACCGGGUACUACGCAAGCAGUUCCAGGUACCCGGGCGGGUACUCGGGGUACGACGACCGGUACGAGCCGCGGUGA